UGGUUCCGCCUUAUUGAGAACGGCUUUAGCUACCAAAGCAGAGAACAAAAUGAACAGCGCUAUAACUAUGUAGUGUUGGUAGUAAACCAUUACAAACUUCCCGAUACAAAGUGUUUUAUUCUAUAUUAUUUGAUUUAUGCUGUCUGUAUGGAUUGCUAACAUUUAUUGAGCAGAAGCCGAGGGGCUAUAAGCACACAGCGCCUCCUUCCCAUUCCAGCAGGAUCACAGCCAUUACCACAGUGCCUUCACCGACCUCCACGCUGUCAGAGAGGGGCAGAUCACAGUAUAUACAGGAUGAGGAGACACCUAGCUAGGAGAAGCUUUCCGUUUUUCUGGCUGAAGGAAAAAGACACGCAGAAUGAUGAGAGAAGCCUUCUGAUACCAAAGGAUAACGGCAUGGAUGAGGCGGUGGCUUUCGGCUUUCAGAACAGGAAUAUUCUGCACACUGACUCUGAAGAGAGACGCACAGGCCCCACUGUGGAGGGGCAGAUCCAUCAGGAGCGACCAAACCACAUCGCCUCACCCAGGGACGAGGUCAGAACAACCGUCUCCUCGCUUCGUCCUGGCACCAGUUGGGACGGGUCUGUCUUUCUUGACGAGGCUGUUUUAAAAUGCAAAGCUGAGGAGCGGCUCUCCCUUCUCCCACCACAGAAAUGGGACCAGAAGCCUGCCAGCUUGACCAACUCCUGCGUCAAGUACCUGAUGUUCCUCAGCAACCUAUUAUUUGCUGUCUUCGGCUUGCUGGCCCUGGCCAUCGGUCUGUGGGGUCUCGUGGAUAAGGAGUCCUUUGCACAGGAGAGGAUCGGGCACAUUGGCUCAGACCCCAUGCUGGUUCUCGCUGGGCUGGGGCUGCUGCUCAGCCUGCUGUGCUUCACAGGGUGUGUGGGAGCCCUGCGGGAGAACGCGCCCCUCCUCAAGGGCUUCACUGCGGCAGUGCUGGUGCUGCUGUCCAUCCAGGUGCUGACCGGGCUUGUGAUGUACACGCUCAGAGACCAGAUUGAGGGGCUUCUGCGCAGCAGCAUGCUGACCGCUGUGAGCCGCUACCAGGAUGACCUAGACCUGAGGUUUAUCAUGGAUGAGAUGCAGAUCGGGCUGCAGUGUUGCGGGGCGGACACUUACCAUGACUGGGAGCUGAACAUGUACUUUAACUGCUCUGCCCCUGGUAUCCAGGCCUGCGGAGUCCCUGCCUCCUGCUGUAUCGACCCCCUGGAGAACGGCACCGUGUGGAACUCGCAGUGUGGGCUGGGCACGCAGGGGCUGGACGAGUUCACCGCACAGAGCCUCAUCUACCUGGGCGGCUGUCUGGGAGGGCUCUCCCGCUGGCUGAGCAAUCACACAGGCAGCCUGGCCACUGCUGCCAGCCUGCUCCUGGGAGCACAAGUGCUGAGCCUGUUCAUCGCAACAAGGAUCCUGGGAGACAUCGACAGGGUCGAAGCUGGCUGGCAACCCAAGUGACAUCAGAUUGCAAUAAGUGACCGUGACGGGACAUAUAGGACUCUUUGUAUUCUUAAACACUGCACUGGCACUGACGUCACACUGCCAAAUCAAUGACAUCUUGGGUGCACGCUAUCACAAUCGACAGCUGGCCCAUAUCACUACUCUAUGUCUAUACAUACAGGUUUAUAUCCCAGGUUGACAAUAUGUCUUGUCCCACUCAUUCAACAAACAAAGGCACAGUUAAGGUUCGAAGUAGGUUAAUUCUAACAUUCUGGGAUUCUUAGAUUCUUAGAUUUCUGACCUAAACAGCAUGUAUAGUGUUUAGCCACUAGAGUGAGACAUGUUACCAGUGUUUAGCCACUAGAGGGAGACAUGUUACCAGCCUCAAGAUGAGAGAAUAUUGGGUUUACAGAUUCUUUUGCUCUUGUGAUGUGUGAAGUUGGAAGCUGAUUUAGGUUGCAACUUUGUAUUUGGAGUUUUGAAAUGUCUCCCCUAACGUCUUUCGAAACAGUACCAUCUUGUGAGGAUAAUUUGAUAAAGAUAACCAAUUAUGAACCAAAGAAAAAGCAAAGUAUCUCAUUUACAAUUCUGCUGUGUGUUCAGGUCACGUCGUCACUAACUAUAACUAGAUACAUUUUUUUUACUAUAUUUAUUUAUAUGGUGAAAGGUAAUGGAACUGAAGCUUUUGGUUGAUUUGUUAAUAAAUACUGUGCUGCAUAUGUCUUUAUGUUUACUGAAUGUAUGUUAUGUAUUACAUAAAUAAAGUUAUACAGCAGUGGUCAUUAUAUCAUUUUACCUGUUAAGCCUGGAGUGGAAUGGCCCUCCAGGGCCGUGAUUGGACAGCCCUGUUACACACUAUUAUAAUAAGAAAUGUAAACUGUGAUGUCAUCCCAUGUUUCAUUCCAUAUGAAAACUUUAUUUGCAUGUAUUUCAAGUACAGUAGUUAGAAGCUAACAGCUGCUCUUGAUGUGGUAUAUGGAGCUCCUCCCAGUGGAACUUUAGGGGAAUUACCAGGUAUAAUAAGGCACACAUGUACCAAAUGCAUUAGUAGUAGUUAGUAUUAGUAGUUUGUAUUUUCUAAGUUAUUAACGCCUCUUUAUUUUAUCUAUACAAAAAAGACAACAACGCACAAUUUUGUUCAAUUUUUAUCAAGCUUUUUAUUAUUUUUUUUAAAUGUUAUUCUGUAGAGGGGACAUUCACUGUAAUUGCUGAUGGCAUAAAAAUAUAACAUUUUCCUUUUCAUAAACUCUGUGUGGCACUGCUGAAAGGUCGCUGUUACUAACCUCCCAGCACGCCUCCAGUCAUAACGAUUAAACACAAGAACACAUCUGGAACAGAAAUCACUACUGCAGCUUGCCAGAACUGCUAUUAUAGAUCAUAGAGGAGGAAUGGGAAAGGAAAGAAAAGAUUCUGAAAUUGAAAGAAAUCAAGAGUAAAAAUAAUGAUAUAUAUUAUAUUAAAUAAUAAUAUUAUAUAUAAUACUUUAUAUUAUUUAUAUAUAUAUAUAUAUAUAUAUAUAUA